AAAAAACCAGACAGCUUCUUCCGGGGUCUAGACAGCACGGGAAAAGAAUCUGUAGCAGCGGAAGGAGGAAACGGAGUAAGAAGGAAGAAAGAAUGAGUGGGCCGCAGCCGUACCACCAGCCGACCACACACGAGGAAGUCCGAACCCUUUGGAUAGGAGACUUGCCCUAUUGGGCUGAAGAGCCUUAUCUCCAGAGCUGGUUCGCCGAUACCGGCGAGGUUCUUUCAAUUAAAGUAAUUCGAAAUAGGGGCACCGGACAGCCUGAGGGUUAUGGUUUUGUGGAGUUCACCUCACAUUCUGUAGCUGAGCAUGUUUUACAGUCUUACAAUGGAACACAAAUUCCAAACACCCAAUUGACUUUCAGGUUAAAUUGGGCAUCAUCUGGUAUUGGGGAACGGCGUGAUACUGGUCCCGAGCAUUCCAUCUUUGUAGGUGAUUUAGCUCCAGAUGUUACGGACAACUUAUUGCAAGAUACAUUCCGUGCUCAUUAUGCAUCUGUGAGAGGAGCUAAGGUUGUCACUGAUCCAAACACUGGACGAUCCAAGGGGUAUGGUUUUGUUAAAUUUGCUGACGAGGCAGAAAGAAACCGUGCCAUGAGUGAGAUGAAUGGUGCCUAUUGCUCUAGUAGGCCAAUGCGCAUAAGUGCGGCAACACCAAAAAAAGCCAGCGGCCUUCCACAGCCUUAUGCCGUAGCCAAGGCAGUAUAUCCAAGUGCAGUCUAUCCUACUGUGAUACCAACAGUUCCUGAAAGUGACAUCAAUAACACUACUGUUUUUGUUGGCAAUCUUGACCCUAAUGUUACAGAGGAGGAACUGCGACAAAUUUUUUCGCAACUUGGAGAAAUUAUUUAUGUCAAGAUUGUUGCUUCUAAAGCAUGUGCUUUCGUACAGUUUGCUGCAAGGGCAUCUGCUGAAGAAGCAAUUCAGAGGAUGAGUGGAACUAUGAUUGGUCAACAAAUAGUUCGUGUGUAUUGGGGUAGGAGCCCAGCUGCUAAACAGGACUCUGGUCAAUGGGGUCAGGUAGCUGAUGCAAGCCAAUGGAGUGCUUAUUAUGGCUAUGGACAGGGAUAUGAUGCAUAUGCUUAUGGAACCACUCAAGAUGCUUCCAUGUAUGCAUAUAGUGCUUAUCCUGGCUACACCCAAUACCCUCAACAGAGUGAAGGAGCUCAAGAUAUGGCACUCACUGCCCCGGCUAUGGACCAAAAGGAAGAAAGACACGACCCCUUGGCCACACCUGAUGUUGACAGGUUAAAUGCUUCUUACCUUGCCGUCCAUGCAAGUGCCAUCUUAGGCAGGACAAUGUGGCAAAAGGCAUAAUAAUAAUCCCUUCCGAUCUAAAUCAUACCUCGUAGUGAUUCAAUAUGGUUUAAUUUUUGUAAUGAGUAAUGACAUUCUCAAAGGGAUAAAUGAAACCUAGUUCAGCAUUUUACAUGCUACUCCCAAGCCUGGUGGUUCUCCAGUGAAAUGCUAUGUUCCCAAUGCAUACAUAUAUUUGUCAGUGGUAUGGCUUUUCCUUAUUGAUUUUGCAGCUCUUCUGAAUAAAGAGCUGUUUGUAUCUCUUAUCAUGCAGAUCCUAAAAACCUCUAGUGCCCAUUUGUUUAGACUACUAAUUUUGGUUUACCAUCUUGAUCUGUGACAUUGUUACUAAAUGCAGAAUUAAAAU